UCUCUAUACUUAGAAUGUCUCAUGAAAGUUUGCCAGCUCCAUCGCGAGCCCUCCAAGCCAUACCAACAUGUCAAUCUCUUCCAAUGCCAAAUUAAAGAAAACUCCCCUGAGCAGCAGCCCCGCCAAAUCCUCCUGCAACCGCCACGCCUCCUCCUCGUCGCCGAGCAGCGGCUCGUUUCUAACCGGCGGAGGACGACCACCCCCCUGCCCUGCUCGGCAAUGGCCGCUGUUCGCCACCACUUCCUGCUGUCCUCCUUCCUCCUCGUCCUCCUCCUCCUCGCCAUGGCCUCUCUGUCUGAUUGCGUCACCGAGGAUGAGGCCCUCCUCAAGCUCAAGAGGUCGAUAACUCACAACGGGGCAUUGGACUCUUGGGUCCCUAGCACGCCUCCUUGUAAAGGGUGGGUCGGCGUGAUUUGCUUCAAUGGAAUCAUCACGGGCCUCCACCUCUCGGACCGGGGGCUCUCGGGAAAGGUCGAUGUCGAGUUCCUAGAGUCGAUCCAUGGCCUCAGGACCAUCAGCCUUGUGAACAACUCCUUCUCGGGCCCAAUCCCCGAGUUCAGCCGCCUUGGCGCCCUCAAGUCGCUCCUGCUGGUGGGCAACGAGUUCUCGGGGGAGAUCCCCAGGGAUUUCUUCUCGCACAUGUUGUCAUUGAAGAAGGUCUGGCUCUCGAACAACAACUUCUCCGGCGUGAUCCCCGAGUCCCUGGCACAGCUUCCCAACCUCAAGGAGCUCCACCUGGAAGGGAAUCAGUUCUCAGGAAACAUCCCAGCGAUAAACGAUGAGAAGCUCACUUCGCUGGACAUGUCGCAUAACAAGUUGGAAGGCGCAAUCCCUGCUAGUUUGGUGAAAUUCGGGGCAAGUUCUUUCAGGGAUAAUGAGGGGCUUUGUGGGAACCCUCUGGACAGGAUAUGCUCGGUUCCGCAGAAACCUACUGCGGCGCAUGUGGUACCAACGCCGCCAAGCCCAACCGAGCAUAAGAGCAUGGACUCCUGGGUGAUCUUUGGGACGGUGGGCGCAUUGCUGGUUGUCGGGAUGUUAUUCUCUUACGUAUAUUCUAACCGGCGCAGAGACAAUGACUUCAGUGUCCUGGGAAAAGAGGUCGUCCAUGAGGCGGUUGAAGUGCACGUGUCGAGCUCGAAACAUAGCCGGGCGUCGUCGAGCAAGAAGGGCAGCGUCUCGAAGAGAGGGUCGCAGAAGGGCAAGGACAUGGGGGACCUAGUGCUGAUCAACGAGGACAAGGGCCCGUUCGGGCUGUCGGAUUUGAUGAAGGCGGCCGCGGAGGUACUAGGAAAUGGCGGCUUGGGUUCGGCCUAUAAGGCUGUCAUGUCCAAUGGCCUAUCGGUCGUGGUGAAGAGGAUGAGAGAGAUGAAUAGGUUAGGGAAGGAGGGAUUUGAUGCCGAGAUGAGGCGGUUCGGGAGGAUACGGCACCAGAACAUCUUGACGCCGUUGGCUUAUCAUUACCGGAAAGAGGAGAAGCUUUUGGUUUCAGAAUAUGUUACCAAAGGCAGCUUGUUGUACAUCUUACAUGGUGAUCGCGGUAUUUGUCAUGCUGAGCUCAAUUGGCCUAUCCGUUUGAAAAUCAUACGCGGAAUUGCUCGUGGGUUAGGCUUCCUUCGAUCGGAGUUUGCAUCGUAUGAUCUGCCCCACGGGAAUCUCAAGUCGAGCAAUGUUCUUUUAGACGCGGAUUACGAGCCGUUGCUCAGUGACUACGCGUUCCAUCCUCUAAUAAACUCUGCUCAAGCUGCGCAGGCAAUGUUCGCGUACAAAGCCCCGGAGUCCCUACAAAACCAGCAAGUCUCCCCGAAAUGCGAUGUCUACUGUCUCGGGAUCGUCAUUCUCGAAAUAUUGACGGGAAAGUUCCCUUCUCAAUACCUCAGCAAUGGGAAGGGCGGGACGGACGUCGUGCAAUGGGUGCAUUCUGCGAUUUCCAAGAAAAGAGAAGAUGAAGUCAUUGAUCCGGAGAUACUGAGCUCCACAGGUUCCAAGCCUCAGAUGCUGCAGCUACUCCAUAUUGGAGCUUCUUGCACCGAGAGCAACCCCGAGCACCGAAUCAACUUGAGGGAAGCGAUUAGGAACAUAGAAGAGGUGAAGGGUUGAGGCGCGCGCUUAUGUCCUAGCCUGAAAGGAAGUGUCUCUAGACGACAACAUAGGAUAGUUCGUAUUAGCAUCGCAACCUUUUAUCAUCAAUUUUGGCAAUCUCAAACAAUGAAAUGGUGAGCUCUCUUAGCGACGGUUUGAUCAGCACUUUGAAAUCUCUUGACGCUCAAGGUCGAUGAAUAUAAACACUUCAGUGUGUACUUCUUAGGUGUCAUUCACAUUGACUUACCAAAAGCAUAAUGAAGGAGAAAAAAAAAAUUUGCAGGCACUGAGGUUAAGGACCUCAGACAUGGUUUCGGCUUUCGAAAAGAGGUCCCUGUCCCUCUCGUUUCGAGUUGUCAUAGUGUCUGUGUCUUUCCCAUCAAGAUCGGGUUUUUUGGUGUCCGUUCUGGUCUGGGUCCGGGGGCGAAACUUUGUUAACAGUUUCAAUCUAAUUUUCCCUGCUAAGUUCUUUUGGCUGGUGGAUUGAUGUUGAGCAUUUGAUCUGGAGAUUGAAGUUAUGUACAGGCCC